AUGGCUCCAACAAGCAGCAACGCGCCUUCGCUGCUCCUACUGCCAGCCCCUCCUCACCCACUGCAUCCUCAUUCUCUGGCCGCCGCCUACUGGGCGCCUGUAACGGUGGCUCUGAAGCGCAUCAUCGCUACUGGCAUCAACGGCAAUAGUAGUACCAACAAUUCCAAUGCAAAUUCCAGCGCUGGCACAAAUCAUGUUCUCGUCAUCGCAGUCGCCUGCCCUAUUCUUACAGGGCCCUCGCCAAGGCGCAAGUCCAUAAACUGGAAGACCGCACAGUCUCUUCUUGCCCGCAUUUACACUCUCAUCGCAGCCAUUUGCGAUGAGCAGAACAUUGACACAUCAGGGGAGCCGGGCAGUAGCAGCGUCGAUCCACGAGUCGUGUUAGUCGACCAUGAGCGACACAGAACGUAUCAGCGCAACUUUGAUGGAGAAUAUGAAGCAAAUUGCACGCCCGUGUUGGAUCUGGCAGCCUUUGCCUCGACGGUUCAUCCUUGGAGAACGGUGUUCCAUCCUAGUUCCGAGGCAGGCUAUGAGCUCCUCAAGGCUUUCUUAGAGUACUCACAGGGGAAACAAACUCUUCUGCAAAGCCAAAUCGUUGCUGUUGAAGGCGGCCUCGGCAUGUCCACCGGCGAAGUCCCGCCUGUUACUCAGGAGGAUCUCAUCAAUGGCUACGAUACUGUUUGUCUGGGUGGCACGUUUGACCAUCUUCAUGCGGGACACAAACUACUUCUUCACGCCACUGCUUUACUUAUGGGCAUCCCAGAGAAACAUACCGGGAAGCACUCUGUUCUCAUCGUCGGGAUUUCAGGAGAUGAGCUGUUGACGAACAAAAAGUACGCUCAAUUUCUCUCUACUAUAUUCAACUCGGCGUCUUCGUCCAACACAAACACCUUGCCGCUAACAUCUACUCCUGCACCGGAUGAGCUUCAUGCUACAUUCCGUGACGGCACAGUGCUGGUUCGCUGGGAGACACGGAGCGGCGGACAGGCUAUUAAUGAUAAGAGAACUGAGAAAGGGUGGAAGCCGCUCGAGGUGUUUGAGAUUGAUGUGCUCGAUCCAAGCGAUAUCUUGAAGGAAGACGGCGGAAGACAGAGCAAUGGAUUUGCGACAAAGAUUAGCAGCACGGCAAUUCGACAGCGAAUAGCCCAGUCCAAAGAGGAAUCACAAUAG